AUGGCAGGGGGGCACAGCCUGGGGAAGCCUCAUGGUGGUCCUCCCCGAAGAGAGCCAACAUCCUCACGCAGGGAUGUGUAUAUGUCACCAAGAGAUGACAGUUACAGGACUAAGGAGAGCAGAGAUUAUGGAAGUUCUCGGGACACCAGAGAUUAUGCUCCACCUCCAAGGGACUAUACCUACCGUGACUUUGGCCAUGCUUCUAGCUCAAGUGAUGAGUAUUCAUCUAGAGGAUAUAGGUAUAAUACCAUAAUUGACUUAUUUCUUGGGAAUUUACAUGAUUUGAGGUUUCAUAAUUUUUACUUAGUACACAAGCCACUUACCCUCUGCCUGCUUCAGUUUCCUCAUCGAUAAAAUGGGGGUGA